ACCAGUUUUAGUUUUAGUCCAUUCUGAAAAUGUAAACUCAUCUGUCUGGCGCCAAACGACAGAAGUAGAACUGUUCAUUUUCAUCAAAUGACGGCAAUGACAAGACUCUGAACACGAAAAAACAAAUAUGUCAAAGCGUAAGGCAAGCAAUGAUGGAGGAGGAGAAAAGAUCCCACGGAAGCGACAGGUUGUUGAGUCGGAUGAAGAUGAAAUGGAGCAGAGCCAGGACAUGGACCUGACCUGCCGAGCUGACUUUGAUAAAUCCUCGGGAGAAGCAGAUAUUGGUAUUGUGGAAAAGAUUAACCUACGGAACUUCAUGUGUCACCAUCGACUAGAUAUCACCCUGGGACCACAUGUCAAUUUCCUCAUGGGACGAAAUGGAAGUGGCAAAAGUGCAGUGAUCACUGCUUUAGUGGUUGGGCUCGGUGGGAAGGCUAAUGUCACGAGUAGGGGAAACACUAUCAAGAGUUUCAUUAAAACUGGAAAACAGACUGCAGAAGUGAUGAUAAAGUUGAGGAAUCGUGGUCCAGAUGCUUACAAACAUGAAGAGUAUGGCAACUCUAUCAUAGUGGAGCGCAAGUUUGCCAGGGAUGGUGGAAGUCAUUAUAGACUGAAAUCUGAAGAUGGUCGAGUGAUAUCACAGAAGCGUGAAGAUUUGACUUACAUUCUGGACCAAUUUAACAUUCAAGUUGACAAUCCGGUAUCAAUCCUUAAUCAGGACACAAGUAGAAACUUCCUCAACUCCAAAAGUCCUCACGACAAAUACAAGUUUUUCCUGAAGGCUACUCAGCUGGAACAAAUGAAGAUGGACUAUUCUAUGGCCAACGAACAGAAGGAAAUUACCCGUGAAAUCAUAGAAAAAAAAGAACAGUCUCUGCCAAUACUAGAGAGGGAGGUACUCGAUUGGGAACAAAAGUACAAAUCUCUGACAGCUAUCAAGGAACUGCAGAACAAGAUCAAAGAGCUCAAGGACAGUAUGGCCUGGGCCUUUGUCAUGGAGAAAGAGAGAGGCCUCCAGCCACUGACGAAGGAGCUACAACAGGAAGAGAGCAGGCUACCCAAGUUUAUACAGAAGGUGGAUGAGGCAAAGACCAAGGUGGACAAGUGUGUUCAGCGACAGAAGGACAUCCAAGAGCAGCUUAAGACAAUGAGUGAUGAGGUACAGGACCUCAAGCCAACAUACGACUCGGCUAAGAAAGAGGUCAACGAAAAAAAAGGGGUGGCCAGAAAUUCACAAAACGAUCUCAAGAAGGUUGAGAGCUAUUUGAGGAAGGUACAAAAAGACAGAACUCUCCUUCAAGAAAAGAUCAAGGAGAUUCAGAAAAGUGCCCAGCGUGAUUACGAGUCGGAGAGGAAGACGAGGGAGUCAAAGAUAAAGCGUAAGGAAGACGAGGUCGAUGACUGGAAAGCACAACUGGCGACAACAGAACACCAGCAGGCCCAGUACCGAAGUGCUAUCUCCCAGGCCAAACAGAACGAAUACACACUCCAAACUGAGCAACAGACUAUAGAAACAAGGGCGAGGCAGAUCAAGAAGGACUUACAGAACCUUUGUGAAGCCAAGAAGGACAACAUCCGCCGGUUUGGGGCCUACAUGCCUACACUGCUACAGCACAUCGAGGAGCGCUGUCGUCGCCAUCAGUUUCACCGCCGACCAGUCGGCCCAAUAGGUUCGUGUUUCAAGUUAACAGACAUGGAGUGGGCAUUUGCUGUAGAGCGGUGCCUGGGAAACCUUAUACAUGCAUUUUGCUGUCACGACCACCAUGAUGAGGCAAUUUUGGAGAAGAUCUUUGACGAUGUUUGUCCUGAGCGACAGCGGCCAUCCAUUAUUGUCUCUGCUUUCAAGGACCAAAAGCAUAAUGUUAGCCGAGGACGGGUGACCGGGACCCAGUACAAGGCUGUGGUUGAUGUGCUGGAAAUCACUGACCCUGUCACUUUUAACUGCCUCAUUGAUCAGAGGGGAGUAGAAUGCAUUCUCCUUAUCAAAGACAACAGGAUUGCUCGUGAUGUAAUGGAUCCUGAUAAAAGGCCAGGACCACCUAAGUUCUGCAGAGAGGCAUUUACCGCAGACGGCGACCAGCUGUACUGUCACCCCUCCCUCCGGUACUACUCCUCCAGGGGUGGUCGUGCCCGCUUCCUCUCCACCAAUGUGGAGGAGGAAAUCUCCCGACACAAAGAGGAGCUUCAGUCUCUGGAAAACGAGAUCGCAACCAUAGAUCGUCAGAGAGACAAAUUCACUAGGGAAAUACAUUCUAACAAAGUAGAGAGCAACAAGACAGAAACACAGCUGACCAAGAUUGGACAUAAAGUCAGAAUACUCACUGAUGAAAUCCAGGAUCUGAAAAGUAUCGAGGAUCCAGAACCUGUGGAUGUCGAAACUCUGGAAGAGGAGGUGCAGACCAUGAACGACCAGAUUCAGAUUCAUGAAGAACAGCGCGCGGAUAAGAACCAGAAACAUGAACAGUGUAAGCAAGAACUGGAACAUGUAGAGAAAAAGUUCAAAGAGGUGGAACAUCAGAUGAGGUCAAUGGCAGAAGGGGCAGACCCGCUGAAGGAUGAAUUGGGACAUGCCCAAAAUGAAAUUGAGCAAUCGAAAUCCCACAAGAAGCAUUACGAGCAGAAAUUAAAGGAGCAGGAGCGUAAAGUAAUAGACCAGAAGAGGAAAGUAGAAAUGCUGCAGAAGGAAAUAGAGAAUGACACGACCAAGGCACAGCAGAUCUGUCCAAGGAAGGCCAAUAUGCGGAGGUCGGUACAGAACCUGGAGAGUGAAAUCAAUCAGAUCACCAAACGCAUUAAAGUAGAGGAGAAGAGCCAUGGGAAUCCUACCGAGAUAACUAAAACAUACUUUGAGAAGAAAGGCUCAUACAAGAAGAUCAGGGACGAAGUCAAACAAUUUAAAAGAUUCAUGGAUCAUUUAGAAAAAGUGAUGGUCCAGCGACAGCAGCAGUACUCGGAGUUCAGGAAGUUAAUCGCCUUGAGGGCCAAAUACUUCUUUAUCAUAUUACUCAGCAAUCGAAAGUACAACGGCAAGAUGACCUUCAACCACCCGAGAGAGACAUUGGACAUUUCAGUGCAGCCUAACACAUCUGAUGGAGAUGGAGCCAAGGAUAUGAGGUCCCUGUCGGGAGGAGAGCGAUCCUUCUCCACGGUCUGCUUCAUCCUGGCUCUCUGGGAUGCCAUGGAGUCCCCCUUCCGCUGUCUUGAUGAGUUUGAUGUCUUCAUGGACAUGGUGAACCGGCGUAUUUCUAUGGAUCUGAUGCUGAAAGUAGCCAAGCAGCAGCUACAUAGACAGUUUAUCUUCCUCACCCCACAGAACAUGAGUGAGUUGGGGAUCAAGAUGAAGGGGUUGAAUAUCUUCCGUAUGCCAGACCCUGACCGAGGACAGGAUGUGCUACCGUUUGAGCCGUUAUCUAGACAACAGGAGGAGGAAGACGAUUGAUUGACAACAAAGGAAAGACAACUCAUUCAGAACGCAAGGAUGCUUAUUAACCAUAGGUCAUUGUUGAAAUUGAGACUAUGGAAAGUUAAAACAUCAAACUCACUCUACAGAAAUAAGCUGCAAUAUAUUCUUGUGAAAUCAAGAUUACAUGGAUCCUGGAUCAAACUUAACUACAAUACAUGGUGUUGCCAGUGACCUUUUUCAUGUGACAUUGAAACAAAAGCAGUCUUAGUGCUAACACAGACUGGGGAAGGUUGUCAUUUAUAUUUGUAUCAUGGGAGAAAUUUCAUUUGAUAUCAGAAACAGAAAGAAUUAUUCAAGUGUUGGAGCUAAUGUGAAGUCGAAUGAAAUGAAAAAGUUCAGAGAAGUGGAAAAACUGAUAUGCAUUUGCUUCUCAGUUUAUUCAUUCGACCAAACUUAUUUGAUGAGAAAAGGCUACAUGUCUAAAUUCAUUCCAGAGUUUUCUCGCUAUUUUUUGUAUAAUGUAUGUGCCUUAUUUUUGAGGGUGUCAACUGGAGGAGGCACGUCUUUCUAGUCAACCUAUAUAGAUUUGUAGAUUUAAAGACUUGAAUACUUGUGUUCUAUCUGGUAUAGUAUAACCUUGUUUACAUUUCCCACUUUUGAGAUGGGAGUGGGAAAGUACGGAAAUAUCAGGUUCAACACUUUGGAAAAUGAAAAAAUAAGUUAGUUGUUUUAGAGGCGUCUUGGAAUUCAGUUUCAUUUUUAUUUUUUUAUUUUUAAGGUAAAAUACUCUAAACUGGAAUACUGUUGGAUUUUAGAUAUAUUAUUUUAGUUUUCUCAUUUUCAUUGAUGCACAAAAACACUUUCAGUUGUGGAUAUUAUUUAAAAUGGUGUAGAAUAACGAGACAUUUCAGUUGUUAUUUGUUGAUUUUUUUAGAAAUAAAGUUACUAAGAUAAUA